AUGGACUGGCUCGGGCUCCCCUCGCACUCGGAGCACGGGCUAUACAACGCGUUCACGCCACUCGUCGACGGCGUGCUCGACCACACGGAGGUGGUGGGCGUUGCGCUGAUGUACGACCUGCGCGCGCGCGAUCGCUGCGUCCUCCUCGACGACUCCCAUCGCUCGCCACCUUCACUCGCGACGUCGCUCGUCGACUUCGAUCCCGAUACGCGUCCACUGUCCUACUGCGACGCUGGCACGGGCUCCGAGCGUGUGUCGGCUAUGGACACGGGCGUCGACGUCGACAGCGCAGCGUAG